UUAAUUACAAAGACGGCAAGUUACACACAAAAAGCGUGUAAACUUUAAAGGCAUUGAUGUUUCUAUCAUAAAAGGCAGACUGUGACAUAUUUAAAAAGCGCUUAUUAAUAAUUCGCGUGUAAUUUUUGCAGAACUAUUUCUUUAUAUAUACACAACUUAUAACAGAAAAAGAAUGAGUUUAGAAACAGUUGAAAAUGUUAAUGGCUCAAGUAAAAAUAUCAGAAAAAGAAGCACGUGGAAAGACACAGAGGAAAAUUAUGAAGAAUAUUUAAACAAAACCAUGCCAGAAGAUCAUCAUAGAGGAGAUAUUGCUUCAACCGCAAGAUUGUUGAGUUAUUCAGACACCGUAAUGGCGACUUGUGCAACGUUUCUUGUACUUCCAAUACGAAAUUUGAAAAAAAAUUCAGGAAACCAAUCUCUUUCAGAGUUUUUUAAUUCAAGCUACCUUCAGUUUAUAGAAUUUUUGUUUGGUUUUUUAAUUAUUUUAACAGUUUGGGAAAAUAUGAACAUACGUGCAAUAGUAAUUAAACGGGUAGAUGACUUAAUUUUAGCUCUUAUUAUUUUCGAAAUGUUGGUUACCUCUACACUCCCCUUUACUGUAGAACUUCAAGGUCAUUAUCCCAAUGAAAAAAUUUCAGUUUUAUCAACGUGCAUUGUUUUAACGAUUCUUCAAAUAAUAGACAUUGUAAUAAUUUUAUAUGGUACGUUUUCACCAAAACUUUUGCAUUUAGAAUUAAAAUGUUGGACAAAAUCAGAUCUACGCGAAUUAGCUUCGAUAAUGCUAUUUAAGCCGUUAAUUAGUUUAAUUUUACUUGCGAUUGCUGCUGCGUUUUGUUUGGUUCAUUAUGGAGUAUCGUGGGCAGUCAUUGCAUUGUUAAUCCUAAUGCCCACAAUUCGCAAAUUUUACUGGUUUGUUUGCCGAAAAUAUAAAAAUAACGACGCAACAGAAAAAGGAUUUUUUUUGGAAAACUUUUCAAAAGGGAAUGUUCCAAAAGAACGUGUUGAAAACAUGAGUGAUAAUGCAAUUGCUAUCAUGGCAUGUAUUCUUGUAGCUGAUAUUACGGUUGAUGAGUUUCCAAAAAAAUUCAGUGUUGAGAAGGAUGGCCUCAAUUACAAUUUGAAAGUUAUGACACCUGAGUUUCUUACGUUUCUCGCGUCGUUCUGUUUAGUUUCGGCUUUAUGGUACGUCAAUCAUUCUGUUCUACAUUUAAUUAAAAACGUAAAUUCCGUUAUGCUAUAUUUUCAAAAAGUAUUUCUUAUGUUUUGCUGUCUAUGUCCGCUAGCUGGAAACACAGUAUUGCAUUUUGCAACCAAAGGAAAUAAGGAUUCAGUUGUUGCUAUUCGUUUUUCUGCAACAGUUGUAUUUAUUUCAAGUAUAGCGAAUUUUUUUAUUUUUUUGUGUGGUGUGUUUACUGGAACAAAAUAUUUUUAUGACUGGGCUUCAUUAAAACAUUUUCAGAAAAAUAAAAGGCAGCAUUAUUACGCUGUGGCUAAAGCAGUAAAUUUACCAUUUUGGUCAUUAAUUUGUAUUUUAGGAAGUUUGGGCUCCGCUUCUGCAGCGCCUUACGUAUUGUACGUAUCAUUCCUUGCGGCACCUUGUUCAUUUUUUGUUUCAAAAUUAGUUCUUAUGAACCACUUUGGUAAAGCAGCAGCAUAUAUCAGGAACACUAUACGACGUAAAGUGUCAUUUCCUAACAAAAGGAAAGAAGAUGACUCUAUUGCUACAAAAAAAAUAUCAGAGUCAUUAGAAACAAUAUAUCCCGAUAGUUAUGUCAUUAAAAACGAAAACAUGAACUAAAACCACCAAUUUUUAUUAUUAGUACUAAAUUGCUUUUGUUUUUGGAAUUAUUAACAAUCAUUGAAAAUUCAAGUAAACAUAUCAUUUAAUCAAAAGUUUAAUUUAAUAACAAAUUAAAAGAAUUAAAUGAAUAUAAUCAACUCACCUGUUUAUUAAUUGGUUGGAACUAUUUUAGCUUAAGUGUAAAUGUGAUUUGCUUUAAUUUAGAAAAAAAAAGUACUCUAAUUUAUUAAA